AUGGCUUGGGGUCGUCUCUCGCACGUUGUUACUGUGUUCUCAGUCAUCACUUUCACCGUCACCCUUAUCACUCUCGUUUUCACGUACCUGAAUUGGCGCCGAAGGAAACAGGCCGACAGACUGAGGGAAGACAUCGUUGAUUUUCGGGAAUUUGUCUUGAAACUCGAGCCGUACGUCAGACCGAUGCCCGACUAUUUUAUCAUGGACGAGUCAGAGCGACUGCUCAACAACACUCUGCCGCUUCUCACCCUGUUACCGGAAUCGUCAAGUUCAUCUUCCCAUUCUGAUAUCGUGGACUCCGACCGAAGUGAGGGAACUCUGAGCUGGUUGUGGAGACUGCUAUCAUGGGGCAAUUUGGGGCAGGCGGGCGAGCCAUCGGCGAGGAGCUCACCCUUCUACGCAGGGCCGGUGAUUAGUAGCCUUCGGGUGAAGCUAAGAUGA